GUGAGAAGAAGAUGGGGAAACGGGGUAUGUAUCCUUGUAACCUGCUGCUGCAUAACCCACCUGCUUCUGUCCGUGGGUUUAAAACUGAGAAACAUCAAAACGACGAUGCAAGCCUCAUCGUUCAGUGUACGCGCGCAAAUCCCAACCGUUAAUAAGGAUUCCAUGGCCGAGUCUACCGUCCCUAAGUGGGCCCAGAAAACCGUUAGCUUGCCCCCGCUUAGGCGCGGCUGCCAUCUAGUUACUUCCAAGAUAGUCAAAGAAAUCGAACCAGACCUCUCCGGAUUCAAGUGCGGCCUCGCUCAUCUCUUCUUGCAGCACACCAGUGCUUCUCUCACCAUCAACGAGAAUUACGACUCUGAUGUUCGCCAUGAUACCGAAACCUUCCUCAAUCGGAUAGUUCCUGAGGGAUCAUCUGCUCCAUGGAAGCAUACUCUUGAGGGGCCAGAUGACAUGCCGGCUCACAUUAAAUCGUCGAUGUUUGGUUGUGCACUGACGAUACCAAUUACAAAUGGGAAGCUUAACAUGGGGACGUGGCAGGGUAUAUGGCUAUGCGAGCAUCGAGAUCAUCCUACCUCACGAAGAGUCGUUGUCACUCUUAAUGGAAUAUGAGGUUUUAAGAUCUGUGCUCUUUACUUCUCUGUUGUAAACUCUCUUUGUAAUUUACAGCAGGAUGUCUGCUUCACAUCUACCAUUUUUAGCUAUUGUAAUUUGAAUAUGUUCUCAACUUGGAACAGCAUUAUGAUAUGAUCUUUUAAUGCAAAGACGUAUUCUAAAUAA